AUGCUGGUACAUAAUGGGCAGUGCUAUGUGAUGUCGACUGCGCAGUAUCUGGGCAACAGUCAGCAGAUUGCGGCUGUUAGACCGUUAGAUGAACCGCCCGUUUUCCUUUUUUAUGACAGUCCCGUACGCUACGAUGUUCCGCUGAUCAUUGAGCGCUUUUUGAAUUCAGAAUUCCAUUACUGGUCAGAAGAUCAGAUUGUACAGUGGUUCCAUCAUAGCACAUCUUCCUGUGCAGUUGAUCAUGCAUUCCCAGCAGCAGCAGCAGCAUUACAUUCAGCAGGGUAUUUUGACGAGUACUGCGACGCUUGGGCAAAUUGCGCGAAAUUUGGCACCGAAGAUGACAGUCCCAAAAGUGCCUUAGUGUUUAUCACUUUGAACACGCGUCCUGAUGUGGCUUCGUUGAUUGUGAAAAGGAGGAAAUUACUGAAAAUGGGAGGCAGUGGCAAAGGCUUCGCAGAAAACUCAGUUCUGAGAUAUGGCACUCCGCUUGGCAUGCAGCAGGGCGACACAUCGUCGCUACGGCCGGCACAGCAACGGUCUUCUACCCAACAAUCGCAACAACAACAACAACAACCAAUGUAUCCACAAGAAAUGGUGACCUCUCAGCAGCGUUACUCCCAUACUGCCGCAUACGCUGAUCUACAGCAAAUUCCAGCUUUUACUGGGCAAGCAGUGCCAACCAGUCAGCCACAAAACCAGCAACAGUCAUUGGCUGUGCAACCGUCAGCAAAUGUUGCUGCUGCUGCUGCUGCUACUGCUCUUCCUCAGAAAGUAGCCGUUCCAACUCCGAUUCGACCAACAACAAGCAGUGUGGUGGAUAGUCCUAUGCCGACCAGCACGGAGCAGGAUGGGUGCAGUACUGCGCAGCAAACUUCCAGCGGAGACAAUGAGCCUAUCACGCAGACUAGACCAGGCUCGAAUCUGACGCCGUCACCUUCUGUAAAAGGCGCUGAAGGAUCAUCGGUGAACGUGAAAGGAUCAGGCAAACAGCCAGGUGGUGGACGAAAGCCAGCCGGCGGUGCAGUGAAAAGUAAGUGCUUCGGACGAGUUCCGCCAUUAUGA